GAGUGGGCCCUUUAAAUCCUAAGCUCCACCUUUGCUUGGAAGAGUCUCUGGGCAUUAUAAAAGGGGGUGCAGCUCCCUUCUGCUCUGGGAAACGCCUGCUGCCCUUGCCCACGGGCCCCCAGCCCCAACCCCUCUCCAGUGGCCCACCACCCCUGCUUUGGUGCCAUGCAGCAGCCACCCUUUGACAUGUGGAAGGACUAUUUCAACCUGAGCCAGGUGGUGUGGGCGCUGAUCGCAAAUCGGGGGCAAAGGCUGGAGACCCAAGAGAUUGAGGAGCCAAGUCCUGGGCCCCCGUUGGGGCAGGAUCAGGGGCUGGGAGGGUCAGGGGCCAACGGGGGCCUGGGCACCCUGUGCAACUUCUGCAAGCACAACGGGGAGUCCCGCCACGUCUACUCCUCACACCAGCUGAAGACAGCAGACGGCGUGGUGGUGUGUCCCAUCCUGAGGCACUACGUGUGUCCCGUGUGCGGUGCCACCGGUGACCAGGCCCACACGCUCAAGUACUGCCCACUCAACGGUGGCCAGCAGUCCCUCUACCGCCGCAGCGGGCGCAACUCAGCCGGACGCAGGGUCAAGCGCUGAGGACCGUGAGAUGUCCACCACCCGCACCCCUGACCCUCCUGGUCUGUCCCACCCAAGUCCCUAAACUCUCUCCUCCAGUCACCCAGCCCUUUGGAAUUUCUGGCCCCCAGAACUCCACCCUGGCUGGCUCCUGAAACAGUGGAGACUCCUGGGAGCCAGGCCAGCCCCGCCCCCUUGGACCUGUCAGCCCUCGGAGCUCUGGCCUGUGGGCUUCCGAGGGUCCUUGGUGCGCGGGAACCCUUCCUGCAUGGCCCUGUAGCGCCCUCUGGGCCCCGGUUCAUGGAUCUUUUGUCCUCGUGGGGCCUGCUGGUGACAGGAGCCCUGUCCCUUCAACUUCUCCCUUCCUUGUGGAGUUCUUGGAUUUUUGAACCUCCAGGAUUCCACCGU